UUCUAGCGCAAAACAGUCGAAAUUGUCAGCUCGUUGAAAGAGCAUCGCAACGCGUUCGCUCUCUACAUUUUUUACCUAUUCCGAGUGCUCCCCCACAAAGGGACAAGGAUAUAUCCUACACACACACACACACACAUUAAAUAUGGCUAAAAUAGUUAUCAGUGCUUUGUUGUGCCUGGCCAUGUUUUGCUCCAUGGCUGCCGCCGCCGCCGGAGGAUGUCGCGAGGCGAACGGCACUGCUCCUGUUUCGGGAUCCUGCGAUGCCUACAUCGAGUGCAAGAAUGGUGUGGCCGAGGAGAAGCUCUGUCCCGAUGGUCUGUUCUACAACGAGAAAUCCACUGGCUAUCCCUGCAGCUAUCCCAUCGAUGUGGAGUGCACUCAGGCCCAGUCCCGCCUGCAGAGCGCCCAGCCCACGGAGGAUUGUCCUCAUCAGUUCGGUUACUACCGCAUGGGCGAUGCCAGCCACUGCGGACAGUUCAUGAACUGUGCUUCCGGCAAGGGCUUCGUGUUCGAUUGUCCCGCGGGUCUGGCCUGGAAUCCGUCCACCUACAAGUGCGACUGGCCCGAUCAGGUCGAGGAGUGCGAUGCCGAGGCUUUCCUGGGCUUCAGCUGCCCUGCCCCUGCCUUCAAGUCCGAGCUCCUGGGCGAACAGGAGGCCGACUACACCUUCCAUCCUUCCCAGGACAACUGCCAGUUGUAUUUCAUCUGCAUUGAGGGACGUCCACGCCGCAUUGGCUGUGGCGAGGAUCAGGCCUUCAACCAGGAGCUCAACCAGUGCGACGACAUUGAGAAUGUCCCCAACUGCAGCAGUGAAAUCAGGGAGAAGGGUGCCCAGAUCAAGGCGGCACGUGCCCACGCCAGAUCCAAGAACUAAAGGAGUGUGUUUGUUUUUUGGAAGACUAACCCCAUGCAAAAAAAGGCCAUGCAACAUGUGGCAUAUGAGUUUGCUCGAGUUUUCUAGUCUGUAGUUAAAGAUCGUUGGCAAAUUGAAUUGUAUCUUUUGCUUUGCACAAAAUAAAGAAUGGAAAUUUGUUAAGGAAAA